CAGAUUAGAAACCACAUUAGAUCAUUCCCGAGAAUGACAAGUCAUUAUUCAAGGAAAGACUCGCCACAGAAGCGAUUCCUCAGCCCAGAUCUUAGCGUCAGUAAGAUGUACAAUCUUUAUCUAGAGGCUCAGGAACCUGAAAUCCUGGAAAGGGAAAAAGAAAUAGUAAAAGCUAGGCGUGAAAACCUUCCCGUUCCCGCAAAACUCAAACCGGUAGUCACCGUGCACGCUUAUCGUAGGGUAUUUAAUUCAGACUUCAAUUUAGGGUUCGGUCGUCCCCGUACGGACACUUGUGCCACCUGUGAUAAACUUAACCUCGCGCUUAAGUCUAAUCCAGGUAACACAGUCGCUCGUCAGCAGUUAGCGGACCACCAAGAUAUGGGGGACAAAGGAUAUCAGAGUAUGCGGGAUGACAAAAACGUAGCUGUGGCCAGCUGGUCAGAUAUGAUACGUUCUUUAGGUUCGGCUGACUUCUGUUCAAAAGAUAGCGUGGACGUGAUUUCAUUCGAUUUCAUGCAAAAUCUACCCACACCAAAUCUCUCACACAAUGACGUGUUCUACCAACACAAGCUGUGGACGUACGUGUUCGGGAUUCACGAUCUGGUUGUGGAAAAAGGAUAUAUGUAUUUGUGGGAUGAAACCAUUGCGAAGAGAGGUUCGUCGGAGGUUGCUUCUUGUCUCGAACACUUCUUCCAUACCUACCGCACGGGUGCCAAAUCAUUAGUUUCUUAUUCGGAUGGGUGCGGCGGGCAGAAUAAAAAUUUAACAAUCGUUGGCUUGUACAAUGACCUACAUACAGCAGGCGUGUACGACGUACUUAAUCAUAAAUUCCUCACUAGAGGUCACACAUUUCUAAGGAACGAUUCUGACUUUGCACAGAUAGAGAGGAGGAAGACAAGUGCGACUGUUUAUCUGCCGAGUGACUGGUACUCGGUAGUGAAAGAGGCCAACCGCAGAAACCCAUUCGAGGUCAUCAGUAUGCAACAAAGACAGUUUCUAACUUAUAAGGAUUUCAUCUCAAGCAAAUACACCAAUCGUCACUUUUCUUCGGGUAGCUCUUCCUUUCGUGACGUCCACUGGCUUAACUUUGGCUGGGGGGAAGAGUUGAACCCAGUCACCAACAAGGUCACGCUAGUGCACCAUCCAAACGAAGUUUGGAUGCGAAACACUUACUCCCCUGAAGAACCCUGGAGAAAGGUGAAGAUACUUAAGGACAGGGCAGGUAAUGUUUCGUUGGAACAGUUGUACCAUUCUUCACUGGUACUGAGUGCCAAGAAAGUCCGUGAUCUUAAAGCUAUGGCUCGUUCUCACAUUCCUCUCCCUCAGCGCAACUUUUACUUGGAAAUGGACAAUCUUGAUGACGAUAGUUCGGAGACCGAAGAUCUAGACAGCGACUAG